CAUUAGCGAAAGAUAAGCCUUCCUGAUCGGAAUAAGAGGGGAGGAAGUUAGCAAUGUUUCAACCCGUGCAAUUCGUGCACAGUUCCGUUAGUGAAUUUCGAUCUAUCGAGUAAAACGGAACUUCAGUACAGAACGAGAAAACUUUCAAGGGCCUAGGCGGCAAAGCUAUACUGUGUGAAAUUGUGUUGUUGAUGAAAAUGAAGUGUAUUCUAACUUAUUCAUUGGUGCUACUGUUCAGUGGUCUGCAUUUUAUGAUCGUGCAAAGUAGUCCUGUAAGAUUUGUCGAUUCUGAUGACGAUCUGGAUGAAGCUAUCGUUCGUGGAGCUGUUCACAUAGGACGUGAAAUCGGUGGAAUCUUUUUUGGUCGCCCAUCUCGACGAAAACCCAUGAGAACAACAACUACUACAAGACGUCCUGAGAAUACAGAUCAAAUUUAUUUUCCAAGCGGAAAUGGAGGAUCUUCAGUGUCGGCAGCCGGUGCUGGGGCCCACACAGUUCAGCAGCAUGGUCAGUCGGGAGCAAGUGGCGCGGCGGCAAAUGCUCAAUCUGUCACGGUGACCGGUGGUGGUCAGCCAGGAUUCGGAGGGUCUGCUGCGGGCGCUAAUGCAAAUUCAUUGACGACGACACACGGUGGCGGCAACAGCGGCCAUAAUGGAUUUUAUGGAGGCGCGUCUGGAGCUGCUGCCAACUCGCAAAGUUUCAAUGGAGGAUUCCCAGGGGCUAGCAUAUCUGCUUCUGGUGCCAAUGCCAACUCUGUAAAUUCAGCGAAUGGUAAUGGAGUAGGUUCAGCCUCGGCAGCAAAUGCUCAAUCGACUAGCUUUAAUUCCAAAUAUCCCGGAUUCAGCUUUACUGGUUCAAGCUCCAAUGCCAACUCGCAAAGUCACGGCUACGGAUCAUCGAUUGGCUCUGGUGCUGGCGCGGGAGCAGGAAACAGCAAUGGUAUUGCAGGAGGAUCCGCAGCAGCGGCUAAUGCUCAGACAGCUAACAUAAAUUCCGGCGGAAACGGCUUCGGCGUAUCCGCAUCAAAUGCCAAUGCUAACUCCAUAAGUCAACAGAUUGGGGGAUUCGGUUCGUCUAGUUCCAACGCGAAUGCCAAUAGCUUCACCCAUGGGUUUGGGUCGAAUGGUUUCGGCAGCAGUGCAGCGAAUGCUCAGUCCAAUGCGUUUCAAAGCAGCGGUCCGCUAGGUUCAUUUGGAGCUUCGAAUUCGGCUUCUCAAUCGCAUGGAUUCACAGUUGGAUCUGGAGGUAUUUCGGGAUCAGCGGCUCUUUCCGGCAGCCAGACUUAUAGAGUUCCCUACCACAAGGACAUAACGCUUUCAUAUUCGACUGGAUUUUCUACAGCAGCGAAAGAAGACGGCAACAAUUCAUUUGCAAAUGGGAAUUCUUUUACGAUCAAUUGAAUAAAGGUGAUUUUGACGUGAC